AUGAAGGCCUCUAUCGUGUCAUUCGUCUUCACCGCGGCUCUUGCUGCUGCUCAGGAUCUCAGCGGCCUCCCAACCUGUGCUACCGGCUGCGUCACCAAGUUCACCACCGGCACCGCGAUUGGCGGCUGCCAGCAGCUUGACAUUGGAUGCAUCUGCAAGAAUGCCGACUUCCUCAACGGCAUCGCAUGCUGCCUGGCCGAUGCCUGCAGCAAGUCUGACCAGGACAAGGCCGUCUCGUUUGCCCAGCAGAUCUGCUCUUCCGCCGGCGUGAGCACCCCCGACACCGUUGUGUGCAAGGACAGCUCUUCACAGACUGGAUCUGCUACUGCAUCGGAUAGCUCUGCUUCGAGCAAGACGACUGAUUCUUCCGACUCAUCUACCACUGGAUCUUCCGACUCGUCCACCACCGCCACCGACUCUUCAUCUACCUCCACUGAUUCUGGCUCCACAACUGCUGCUCCCACCAGCUCUUCCGCACAGACAACCACCGCAUCAUCCACAAGGUCCGCGACUUCAUCUACGAGCACAGGUGCCGCUGCCCCCUUGGCUUCUGCUGGUAGCCUCGUUGGUGCAGCCAUUGCUGUGCUGGCUGCUGCCCUAUAA